AUGUCAUCAGCAACUUCUGCACAAACAUGUCAACGUUUUUCCCUCGAAGAGAUUAUAUCUGCAACCAAAACUUUUGCUGAUGAACGGGUCAUUGGACAUGGAGGAUUUGGAAAGGUAUACAAAGGUAAUAUAUACUGUGGAGAAACUAGUCAUGCGGUGGCCAUCAAACGGCUAGAUUCUAAGUCCAACCAGGGGGAACCUGAGUUUAUCACCGAAAUUGAGAUGCUAUCUACGCUGCGCCACUGUCACUUGGUGCCUUUGAUUGGUUUUUGUGAUGAUAACAAGGAGAUGAUCCUUGUUUAUAAAUUUAUGCCCAACGGCACAUUAUAUGAUCAUCUACACAAAACUAGUACUUAUUUAAGUUGGGUGCAACGACUAAAGAUAGCCAUAUGUGUUGCACGUGGAUUAGACUACCUCCACACGGGUGUUGGCACCAAACAAGGAAUCAUACAUCGUGACGUGAAGAGUUCCAAUAUUCUUUUGGAUGAGAACUGGGACGCUAUGAUUUCAGAUUUCGGGUUAUCCAAGGUAAGCCCAAUUAAUCAAUCAUUGUCAUAUGUUGAUGCUAGUGUUAAGGGCACAUUCGGGUAUCUGGACCCAGAAUAUUUCUAUACAAGAAAACUGACAAGGAAAACAGAUGUAUAUGCAUACGGGGUGGUUUUGUUUGAGUUAUUAACAGGAAGACGUGCAGUGGAUGAACGCAACGGUGAAGAACAAUGUAGUUUGGCAAGGUGGGCUCAAAAAUGUGUGAAAGAACGAAAACUCGAUCAAAUGGUUGAUUCCAAAAUAACAGGAACAAUUAGUCCCAAAUGUUUAAGAGGGUUUGCUGAGAUUGCAGAUCGUUGCUUGACUAGCGUUUUGGAAAAACGUCCUACCAUGACUCAAGUUGUGGCCAAACUUCAGGCUUUGCUGGAAGUACAAAAGGCAUCAAGAGUCAGGGGACUCACAUGGAAGAUCCCUAAGUAUCUUUUUACUGCAACGAAAGAGAACUCUGCCCAAAUUUUCACCAGUACUUCGACCAACAAGGAUCUUAGUUAUAACGGAGAAAUUUCAAAAGGGGUUAAAGAUCUAAAGAAGUUUACGUAUUGUGAAUUGGAACGUGCUAUCUGGGACUUUGAGAAUGACAAAUGUUUGGGUGAGGGAAGUUAUGGAAAUGUUUACAAAGGUUGGAUCCAUAAAACGACAUUUUCCCCUUGUAAGCAUAACACCGGAUUGCCCAUUGCGGUAAAAAGACUGCACCACUACAAAUAUUUUGAUCCAGAAAUGCUGAAAGAAUUUUAUCAUCCCAAUCUUGUUAAGCCCAUAGGAUACUGUUUGGAAGGUGAAAAACUCUUCCUUGUACAUGAAUUUAUGCAAAAGGGAAACUUAAAAGAUCUCCUGUAUAGUGGAGCUGUAGCGCAACUUCCGUUAGUUAUGAAGGUUAAAAUAGCAGUAGGAAUUGCCCGAGGAAUUGUUUUCUUGCAACAGACAGAAGAUGGAGUGAGAUCAGUUAGUGAGUCUCGGCUUCACAGACAUAAUAUAAUGUUGGAUGAGGAUUUCACAGCAAAACUUUCAGAUUAUGAUGUUACGCAGAUAGUAAACGGUUACUACCCUAACAAUAAUGAUUUUCUUUAUGACGACUACUAUGCUGAGUUCAAGCCCCUUCCUCUGCGGAGCAAUCUCAGCGGUUUUGCAGUUGUACUUGCGGAGGUACUAACAGGAAAACAUACCUUCUAUGGAAAUGAAAUUGAAAAGAUUGAUUCUUUCUUGCUCCAACUUGGAAAAAUGUCCAUUACUCAUAUUGCAGAGCUUUGUUUUAAAAACUGCAAUGAGUUGGAUUCAGAGUCAAAGAUGCUGACAAUUUUGGAGGAGUAUGAGAAGUAUAUCCAAUCAGGUUAUGACAAGGCAUCAAUAGCAACCGAGGAUAGAGAUAGGUUUCUGGUCGGGUAUACCCUGAAGGGGCAUGUAGAGAGAGUGAUAGCACUUAAGGCGAUCGAUUUUGAUCAAAUCCAACAGAGUUACUCAGUGUGAAAGAGCAAGCAGAAAAAGGGUCCUUUUUUUUAACUUAUCGACUAGUGAUGCAGUAGAAGGCAUUAAGCCUUAAUAUUUCAACCAAAAUUCCAGAAACAUGAAGGAUAUUACAGGUCUCACCAUGGUAAAUGUGUGAAAUUACUGUUACCUGUAUAGUUUAGCAACAGAGUACAAUACAAUUA